UCCUCGCCCCUCCCAGACGUGGCCAGAACCUGUGCUGUUGGUGCGGGCCGGCGAUUCCCACGUGGUUCGGUGACUCGCGGUUGCAGGCUCCGGUCCUCUCUAACUUCACCGGCCUGUGGGCCUGCUGCCUGCAGAGAUGCCGAAGAUCAAGGCAGGGGCGAGCGGCCGGUGCCGCGAGCGGCAACAACAACGGCGGGAGCUGAAGAGCGCAGGAGGACUCAUGUUCAACACGGGGAUUGGGCAGCACGUUUUGAAAAAUCCUCUCAUUGUUAACAGCAUUAUCGAUAAGGCUGCCUUAAGACCAACUGAUGUGGUGCUGGAAGUUGGACCUGGAACUGGCAAUAUGACUGUAAAGUUGCUAGAAAAGGCGAAAAAGGUAAUAGCCUGUGAACUUGACGUAAGGCUAGUAGCUGAACUUCACAAAAGAGUUCAGGGCACGCCUCUGGCCAGCAAACUUCAAGUAAUGGUGGGUGAUGUGUUGAAAACAGAUUUGCCAUUUUUUGAUGCUUGUGUGGCAAAUUUGCCUUAUCAGAUCUCUUCUCCUUUUGUCUUCAAGCUGUUGCUGCACCGACCUUUCUUCAGAUGUGCUGUACUUAUGUUUCAAAGAGAAUUUGCUCUCCGACUGGUUGCAAAACCUGGAGAUAAGUUAUACUGCAGACUGUCAAUUAAUACACAGCUAUUAGCACGUGUGGACCAUCUAAUGAAAGUUGGAAAGAAUAACUUCAGACCACCGCCCAAGGUGGAAUCCAGUGUCGUAAGGAUAGAACCUAAGAAUCCACCACCACCUAUCAAUUUUCAGGAAUGGGAUGGCCUAGUAAGGAUCACCUUUGUUAGGAAAAACAAGACACUGUCUGCUGCAUUUAAGUCAAGUGCAGUGCAACAGCUACUGGAAAAAAACUACAGAAUUCACUGUUCGGUCCAUAAUAUCAUAAUACCAGAAGAUUUCAGCAUAGCAGAUAAAAUACAGCAAAUCCUAACCAGCACAGGUUUUAGUGACAAGCGGGCCCGUUCCAUGGACAUAGAUGAUUUCAUUAGAUUGCUACAUGGAUUCAAUGCAGAAGGUAUCCAUUUUUCUUAGGUAUCUGCAGAAGAGAAGUUUCCAAACUCAACAAAGUAGAAUUAUAUAUUCUUAAUAAUUUGAGAAGAUGAACUAUGCUUGGACACUAUGUGCUUGACUAUUUUUGAUUUACUACUGUUGUCACCAUUUAUUACUCUGAAUUUUUAAGGAAGUAAGUCAAUUCUAACUAUACAGGUUUUUUUUUUUUUUUUGGAUUUGGUUUGAUUUUAAUACACAACAUAGGGCAGGGUCCAAUUUAUACAUGAUACUCUUCAAGUUUAAGAGCCGCAGACACGCACAACUUUACACUUAAAAAAGUUAUUUCUAACAGUGUAUUAUAUAAAGAUGUUACACUAAUAUUUUCUAUGUUAUAUAUUACUGUGAGAACGUUUUUUUAGGAUUUUAGCUCUUUAGGCCUUUGUUCUUCAAGUCAUAAGAAAGUUAAAAUAUGCUUAAUUCAAUCACAUAUUCCCCAUACCAUUUCUUCUUGUUAUUCAUGUGUACAGUAAAGCAAUUGUUUCCUUGUUUCCUAAAA